GCAGCUCUGUUGUUGGGCCAAGAUGGCGACUGAAGCAUAGAGCGUUUUUCGCAUUUUCAAUUAUUCAAGAAAAAACGCUAUUUAAAGUCGAAAUGACUACAAUUGCGGAUUUGUUCACAAAGUACAAUUGUACUAAUUGCCAGGAUGAUAUCCAAGGCAUACGUGUACAUUGUGCUGAGUGCGAAAAUUUUGAUUUGUGCCUCCAAUGCUUCGCAACUGGCGCAGAGAUUGGCGCCCAUCAAAACAGUCAUGCAUAUCAGUUUAUGGACACCGGCACUGCCAUAUUGAGUGUAUUUCGCGGAAAGGGCGCCUGGACGGCACGCGAAGAGAUUCGCCUGCUAGAUGCAAUCGAGCAGUAUGGCUUUGGCAAUUGGGAGGAUAUUAGCAAACACAUUGAAACCAAGUCCGCGGAGGAUGCCAAAGAGGAGUAUGUAAAUAAAUUUGUGAAUGGAACCAUAGGCAAGGCCACUUGGACGCCGGCGCAACUACAGCGGCCCAUCCUAAUCGAUCACACUGAAGAUGACACUGGACCCUUGGGCGCUAAUGCGCUUGCCCGCCUGCCACCUCUAGAUAUAACCAAUGAAGAAGCGCUGCAACUGGGCUACAUGCCCAAUCGUGAUAGCUUUGAGCGCGAGUAUGAUCCAACGGCCGAACAGUUGAUCUCAAACAUUGUAUUCAGUUCGGAGGAUGUGGAAGUGGAUGUCAUGCUGAAACUAGCUCACGUAGACAUAUACACGCGGCGACUGCGCGAGCGGGCACGCAGGAAACGAAUGGUGCGCGACUAUCAGCUCGUGGCCAACUUCUUUCGCAAUCGCAACUAUGCACUGCAUCCGGGCCUCACCAAGGAGCAGAAGGAGUUCCGCGAUCGCUUUCGUGUCUUUGCUCAAUUCUACUCCUGCAACGAGUACGAGCGCCUGCUAAACUCGCUAGAGCGUGAGAAGGAGCUGCGCAUCAGGCAAUCGGAGCUGUAUCGCUAUCGCUACAAUGGCAUCACGAAGAUCGAUGAUUGCCGGCACUUUGAGCAGCAUGCAGCAAUGGCGACGCACCGCUCCACGGGACCAUAUGGCCAUGGAAAGACCGACAACAUACAUCAUUACAAUGGAAGUCUUCGGCCGCUAAGCUCUUCCUUGCACUCCCCUCAAGCGAAUCCCAGAAAGGCCGAACAGUUAAGCGGCGCCGAGGCAAGUUCAAGUUCAAUCGCACCAAGAAGCAUGCACCACAUCGGCGACCCGACCUGCUCCGGCGCAUUAUUGCCCAGCAGAAACUACUUGGAUAGCUAUCGGACAUCGUCGGCAGCUACGACAACGAUGCUGCCGACGACAAUGACAACGGGGACGGCGACGGCGACGGCGAUGGGGCUGACCACGGACAUGGGCCAGGGGCUGACAUUGGAGUCGGCAAUGACAGCGACGGCAGUGACUUCCACGGCUACGAUGACGGCAGCCCAGGCGAACUUGCCACAGUCGACAGCAGCAGCGAAGGGAAACCCACAACAUCAGCAGCAGCUGCUGCAAAGCGGCUUAAAAAUGCAGCUGCAGCUAAGCGAUCCCGCCGCCGCCGCCAGCAAUAGUUCGGUAGAGGAACAGCUGCAGCAGCAACAGCAGCCGCCAAGCAUGAGCCAAAUUCUGCGUAGCCAACUGGACGAGCUGAAGCGUCGAUCACAGCCACUGGGCAGCGAUUUGCUCACGCACAAUGAGCUAGAUUUGUGCAAGAAGCACAACAUAACACCGACUACCUAUCUAUCCUUUAAAACGGUCUGCCUCAGUGGUGCUCCAUCUCUGGGCAGCCCCAUGGAAACCUCGCUGCGCAAGUUCUUCAUCAAAUGCGGCUGGCUGAGCCACUGAACGUGCCACUGCAACUGUUGCCGUCGUUUCUGCUGUUGUUGCCAUUUUCCUA